CCAUUCACCAUGCCAAUCAACUCCCCCCGGCCAAGAAAAAGGAAGUGUCAGCAGAAAAGACAGGUUUGUCAAGUAAGCGCAGAGAAUCUCUCCGCCGAUUUAUGGGCAUGGCGUAAGUACGGCCAAAAACCUAUCAAGGGUUCUCCUCAUCCAAGGAACUAUUACCGCUGCAGUAGCUCCAAAGGAUGUUCAGCGAGAAAACAAGUGGAGCGGAGCACGGCGGACCCCAACAUCUUCGUCGUCACAUACACAGGCGACCACAAUCACCCUCGUCCAACGCAUCGAAACUCCCUUGCUGGCAGCACCAGAAACAAGUUAUCAGCGACGGCGGGUCAAAACCAGCCCAUCAACAAUGACCCGGGUUCACCACCAGCCCAAGCUGACCAAGACGCUGUUGCCAAUAACGUCAAUUCUGACAAUUCACUUGACAAAGAAAAUGAGGAACUUGAUGAGGAGGAGGAAAGGGAUGAGAACGAGAUAGAGGACGAGGACGUCGAGGAGGACGAUGUUCUGAUCCCGAACACAGCCAUGCCGGAUGAGAUAUUCUUGGGGCUGAAGCAAUUGGGUUGUACUAGUUCUAGUGGUAGCGGGGGUUCUCUGGCGGCAGGUGCUUCUGGUGAUACUUUUUCGGAUCAAGAGCCGUCAAGUUUGGGGUCUUCUUGGGCCGCCGGAGCCACCGUUGGCGGAGGCUGCUAGAACCGACAAGUUACCGUUUGCGAAGGCUGAUAGGUUUUUGGUUUAAUCUUUUGUUACCGUGUUGGUUCUAUGAGAGAGGGGCGGGAGGGAUUCUUAUUAGAUUGUAUGUAAAUAGAUAUAGAAAAGAGUCCCUUCCUUCUUCAGCCUAUAGGG